AAUUCGGGGCAUCGAGAACUAAGCAAAGUGGAAGUGCUCUGGAGCUGGUAGUUUGCGACUGUUUGUCUUUCCUAUCGGCGUCGUCGAAUCAAGUGGAAUUAAAUAAGUUGUUUCGCUGUCAACUGAAAAGGAGAGGCAAUCGGAGAAAAUCACGCUUGGUCGGGCGGCUGUAAUUACCAUAAAUCGGCUGACCAAUCGAGUUUCUGUCAUUUGUCAACUGUUAGGUGAACAAAGUGGACAAGACCUGCUGACGCUGCAACUAUGGCGAUUCUCUUUCUCCUCUUUCUGCUGCAUUCCACGUUAACGUCGAGCGCUCAGUUGACGAACAACCAGUCAGAUUUCUAUUCCUCCGCCGACACCAAGCACACUGAUGUGCGUAUUUUCCCGGUCUUGGAACAUAACCGGAGCGUCGUCAAUGAAUUGGCUGACCAAAAAACCCUAUCGGCGGCUCACGACACUCACGGAGAAGAAGUAGAACAUCACCACCAUGGAAUUCACGUGGCCAGUUGGCGCUGGGACGAAAUUGGAAUCUAUAUUACGUUCACCACUUUCAUCAUCGUGGCCGGUCUGGCCAAAGUGGCUUUUCAUCACGCGCACGUCAUCUCAUCAAGGAUCCCGGAGUCGUGCUUGCUGAUUCUGCUCGGAACAGCUGUUGGCGGAAUUCUUUAUGCCAGUGGAAUUCAACGCUCUGGUCCAACUAGCUUAAACGCUGAAGAAGCUUUCGUGUUCCCGACUUUUACGCCGAAACUUUUCUUUUUCAUUCUGCUACCCCCCAUUAUUCUGGAGGCAUCCUAUUCCUUAUACGACCGAGCCUUCGCUGAUAACACUGGGACAGUUCUGUUUUACGCAGUGAUUGGUACCAUCUUUAACACUUUCGUCAUCGGGCUCUCCUUGCUGGGCUUGGUGUCGAUCGGAUGGAUUGGCAAUGUCCAUAUACCAGAAGGAACGGGUGUGGAGUUGUCGGCUCCAUCAUACACGCUGCAAACCACAGACUGUCUGGUCUUUUCUGCACUCAUUUCAGCUGUCGAUCCCGUGGCGGUUCUAGCCAUCUUUCAAGAAAUCGGAAUCAACAAGGAUCUUUAUUUCCUCGUCUUUGGAGAGUCCCUUCUCAACGAUGCUGUGACGGUCGUCCUCUAUUCGAUGAUGGUCGUCUUCGCCCAAAUGGAUGGCAACAUCGGUGGAGAGCAGUAUCUUCUCGGUUUCGUCUCGUUUUUUACAAUCAGUCUUGGCGGCUUCGGUAUUGGAAUUCUCUGCGGAUUGCUGACUGCGCUCAUCACUCGCACCACGUCUGAAGUUCGAGUCGUCGAACCUUUGGCGGUACUCGGAAUGGCCUAUUUCUCUUACAUGGGCGCAGAGCUGUUCCACUUUUCCGGAAUCAUCAGUUGUAUCGGUUGCGGCCUUGUUCAAGCUCACUACUCGUUUUCAAACAUUUCACGGAAAUCCUUUACGACCGUCAAAUACUUCAUCAAAAUGCUGAGUUCCACAAGUGACUGCAUCAUUUUCCUGUUUUUGGGCAUGGUCCUGGUCAACGACGUCCACGAGUGGCACACCGGCUUCGUCCUUUGGACACUCUUCUUGUGCCUUGCCGUCCGAUUCAUUGGAGUUUUCAUCUUGACUGCCAUUGCCAAUCGAUUCCGUAUCAAGCAAGUCAGCUUGCGGGAGCAAUUUAUCAUGGCUUACGGAGGAUUGCGAGGAGCUGUCAGCUUCUCGUUGGUGGAGAUGCUUUUGCCUAGUGACAUCCAACCACGUCAGAUGUUUGUCACGACUACGCUAGUCGUUAUUCUUUUUACCGUUUUUAUCCAAGGUGGUACCAUCAAGCUCUUUGUUCGGCUGCUCGACAUUAAGAAAGAUAGCCAAUCGGUCCAAUAUCUUAUCAAUGAAAUAAAUGAAACGAUGUUUGACCACCUAUGCGCUGGAUUUGAAGGAAUCUGCGAUCAACACGGCAAUAAUUUCCUCAGGGAGAAAAUUGAGCGCUUUGACGAGAAUUACCUUAGGCCAAUCUUCACGUUAAGCACGGAAAAGGAUCCCCUGCAACGAUUGUUUGAGAAACUAACUCUAUCGGAACAUGCGGCCAAUAUGUAUGACAUACGUGCCAAGACAAGUGAACCUGCGUCUACGUCCACCAGCUUAACCGAUAUCGAUGAAUCACAUCUCAUUUCUGAACUGGCGACUGCCGAUCCGACAUCUUCUGUGCCUUCUUCGAAUGAUGCCCGAAAUUCACCCGCAUUUCAUCGACAAUCGCAAUUAUUGGGCCAUGGGAAACAACAAGAGAAAAUGCAAGGGAAAAGCUUCGUUGAUGUUGUUGCUAUGCUACGUCACCAGAGAAGCGCCCAUUCAGAAGGCGUCAUGCCUACACAUGCUCCCGCGGCUCAAUUAGUGCGAUCGACCCCCCUUGAUCCUGAAGCGACUGCUCAGGCAUUCCGUAAAGCACUUCGCACCAACAGUAGUAUGAAUCAAUCAAAACGGCUGCAUGAGAAACGCAACCUGAUCAAAGACGACGAUUUACCGGAACCAUCUAGGUGGAUGGCUCUACGGCGAAGAAUAUCUACGGUGCCUGAUUCUGCAUCACAAGGAGAUCGUUUCGCACAAGCUGUUUUAUCUGCCAUGAGCUCUCAACUACCAGGGGGAGGUUUUGCACCAGCUGUUGGCUCACCUUUAGGUUCUGUAAAGAAAGGUAGCCGCCUACAUCAGUCGGCUAAAUGUUCGACAGAGAGUGAAUGGUCGAUAACAAGGGGGUCAAGCAAGCAAUCCAAACUGGUUAACCCAUCGGGAUCUACUGUACCACUUCGAGUAAUCGCCGAACGUACCGGGGAGCAAAGCACCGUACAACAAAGUAUCAGUUUGCACAUGCAAGACAUCGAAAAGGACGAUGAACAACCGGAAUCUUACCAUGCCUCCGAGACCGGAUUGUAGUAUAAAUAUACUAUAUUUUUUUUUCCCAUGUAGUUUUUAUGUUGUUAAAAGAAACACAUGACAUAUUCAGAAUUUGUUUCAAAUCUUUCCUUGUUCGACCAUUGUUAAUUCUUUUGUAAAGGUUCAGGGCGCGAAAAAUUGUGUUAAUAGGAUGGCAUACAUGAUAUUUUUUACAAUUUUGAUUGAUUUCUCUGUUCUUUGUUUUGACUCGAUUCCUGACAUUUUUACAAUAAAAAAGAAUCCGAGGCA